AUGCCCGAGAUCGAGUCCUUCCCUGCAGUGGAGCUGUCCGACCACAGCACGGGCGAGACGACCCUCAACUCGGCGGAGCGCUGCGCUUCGAUAGUAAUCAGCUUCACUCGGCGGUUGACGUCGAGUGACUUUACAGGAUUCUGGUAUUCAUGGUCUCGCAUCGGCUUCGCAACCGUCUCCAACUUUGCCCUUCUUCUCUUAGUCCAAGCGCCCAAUGCCGAGCGAGCAGCAAAGGGUAAACAGCUUGUUGACUCCUGGCUGCGUGUGCUCCGCUGCCAAAGCCAAAGCUUCCCCAUGAUGAAGCUUGGCUUGACGCGACUGGACGCCAUGCACUGGGUGGGACUUGGGCAGACAUUCGUUCUACCUCAGCAUGUGCAAGAGGUAAUUCAAUCAUCGGGGAACUGA